GAUAUCGCCAUGGACUGGUCGGAUCACGCGCUAUGGUGGCCCGAGAGGAAUCACUGGCUCACCAGAACGAGAAGCACUCUGGAUCAGUACGGUGUCACCGCGGACGCGCUACUCCACUUCACGCCGAUGCACAAAACUCUGAGAGUACAACUGCCGGACAUGCGAUGCCUCGACUGCAAGGUCGACUUCUCUGUAAAGACGUUCAACGCCGUGAUUAAUCUGUGCAAGGAGUUGGGCAUCAGACAUCCGGAGGAAUUGUCGUUCUGCAAGCCGCUCGAGCCAAAUCACCUAAAGUACAAUUUGAAAGAUCUGCCGGCAAAGAAGAAGAUCGAGAACCAAAAGAACGGCCAUUGGAACGUCCCCGCGGACACGAACACGUUCAUCCCGGUGAGCCAGAGUCCCAGAGGAUCGACGGGCAGUUUGGAUCAGGGCAGCCCUUUCAUGUGCGCGCCGGUCAACAACAGAAAUCACAGCACGCCGAUCAGCUCGCCCAUUUCGCAAACCGGUACCUGGAAAAGGAACAACAACUCGUCGGGUUUUGGUAGCACCGGCUCGUUCAACGCCAACAACAGCACCAUGAGUCUCGAGGUGUUGAACGGAGGACUGUCCGAGUCUCUGGCGCAGAGCCCGACCACCGUCUCGCCGGAGAUCCGGGCGAAACUGGUCAGGCCGAAGAACCUCGUGGAACGCGCCAGGAUGAACGUUGCCUGGCUCGACUCGUCCCUGUCGAUCAUGGAACAGGGGAUACGCGAAUUCGACACCCUCAGGCUGAAGUUCAAGUUCUACUCCUUCUACGACCUGAACCCGAAAACCGACGCUGUCAGGAUCAACAUGAUUUACGAGCAGGCCAAAUGGCAGCUGCUCGCCGAGGAGAUCGACUUGAAUCUUCAGGCGAGCGUGCCGCAACCAAGUUACGACAGCAAUGGCGCGUCCUCCCCGGUCGAGGACGACAUUGACGCGGCCCUGACGGAUCUCCAAGUGACCUUGGAGGGCAGUAACAUCAGUAACGGGCCCAGUGACAUCACCCAAGUGCCCGAGCUGUGCGACUACCUCCGUUUCUUGAAGCCGAAGCGUUUCACCCUGAAGGCGUUCAAGCGCUACUGGGUCACGUGCAGGGACCUUCAGCUGAGGUUGUACAAGAGCCGGGAGGAGACGCACAGCGAGUCGCCUGCCCACGUGAUCAAUCUGCGUGGAUGCGAGGUCACACCUGAUGUCCAUCUCUCGCAAGGUCGCUACGGGAUCAGGUUGGAGGUGCCCAGCGCCGAGGGCAUGACCGAGAUGUGGAUCAGAUGCGACAACGAGCAACAAUACGCGAAAUGGAUGGCGGCGUGCAGACUAGCGGCGAAAGGGCGUUCUCUCGCUGACGCCUCUUACGAAAGCGAAGUGAACAGCAUCACGGCCUUUUUGCAAUUGCAAAGGCCCGCCCCUGCACCUGCGAUCAAUCCCAACGCCCUCGACAUCGUGCCUGAAGACUACGUUGCUCCUCGAUUCGCCAAGAAGUUCAAAGGAAAGCUGGUUCAGAGGAUUCUGGAAGCACACGCCAACGUCAAGGAUCUACCUUUAAUCGAGGCCAAAUUGAACUACAUCAAAGCCUGGCAGUCUCUCCCCGAGUACGGGAUCUCUCUGUUCGUGGUCAGAUUCACUGGAAAGAGCAAGGACGAGCUGUUGGGCAUCGCUAAUAACAGGCUGAUGCGAAUGGAGCUUCACAGUGGUGAUCACCUGAAAACUUGGAGAUACAACACGAUGAAGGCAUGGAACGUAAACUGGGAAGUGAAGCAUAUGAUGGUCCAGUUCGAGGAGGCGAAAGACAAUAUAGUCUUUGAGUGUCAGUCCGCGGACUGUAAGGUCGUUCAUGAAUUCAUCGGAGGGUAUAUAUUUUUGUCGAUGCGAUCGAAAGAGGCGAAUCAAACGUUGAACGAGGAGAUGUUCCAUAAACUAACCGGUGGAUGGGGACCAGACGUCUGCCAGUUUCGGGUUGUAGGGGGUGCCGGAGACAACUUCCGGGGCAGCGUAUGCCGCGGAGCCACAGUAUGUCUCGCUGAGGACGCGCCUGCCGUCGUGAUCAAUGCAGAAUCUCGCGAAACCAAAGUCUGCAAGCUUGACAUUGAACUUCCUCGACAAGAGGAUGUUCUCGCAUUUAAGAUCACGGUGGGCGAUGUUCUUCCCGUGGAGGUAAUGCAGACCGGAAGCCAUCUGUCUGAACCAGAGCUUCGAUUGUUGCUCCGGUACGACACCGUUUCUUUUUACAAAGUCCAGGAGGUCGCCAUUGUCCGCUUCGCGCUCCACAAGGAGCCGAAAGACGCCUCGCUGAAUAUCACGUCGAUGAAUCCGAGUCGGGGAAUCGUUCUGUCAUUUCAAAUGGCUGUGUGCACUAGAAUUUUGAGCGUCGACACCAGCUUGUACCUGGUACGGAACGGGGCUGAGGAAAAGAUCCGUGUCUCAUUCGAACACAGCCAUUAUAUUCAAGAACAAAUGAACGAUCGAUUCGCGAGCGCGAAG